UUGUUCUUCACCUGUCGUUCAUACUUUACCGGCGACUUCGAUCGGAGAUUCUCAUUCUCAGAAGAGCCAAGCCUUUGGCAGCGACGAAAAUUCUGAGAGUUGGGGACAUGGGAAUAGAGAUUGUUGGUCAAAUUGAGAAACUUAAUGGUAACUAUUUGAGUUACGAAGCUUUUGCAGAGAGAUACUUAGCCAAGAACCAGCCAGUAGUAAUCUCCGAUCUCACUGAGGAUUGGAGAGCUCGGGAAGAUUGGGUUUGUAAGAAUGGACGCCCUAAUCUUCACUUCUUUGCUACUCACUUCGGAAAAUCCAAAGUUCAGGUUGCAGAUUGUGAUACGAGAGAAUUCACUGAUCAGAAAAGAUUAGAAAUGUCUGUUUCUGAAUUUGUCGACCAAUGGGCCAAUGAUUCUAUCAAGGAAUCUGUGUUGUAUCUGAAAGACUGGCACUUUGUCAAGGAGUAUCCAGACUACACAGCCUACCAAACGCCGCAGCUGUUUUCUGAUGAUUGGCUUAAUAUCUAUCUAGACAAUUACCAUAUGCAUGAGGAUAGAGAUAAUUUCCAGAAGUAUGAUCAAAUAAGCUGCUCUGAUUAUCGGUUUGUUUAUAUGGGUGGAAAAGGAUCUUGGACACCUCUACACGCUGAUGUAUUUAGAUCUUAUAGCUGGUCAGCUAACGUCUGUGGUAAAAAAAGAUGGCUUUUCCUUCCUCCUCCUCAAGCUCAUCUUGUUUAUGAUAGGUACAUGAAAAAUUGUGUUUACAAUAUCUUCGAAGAGGUGAAUGAAACUAAAUUCCCCGGUUUUAAGAAGACAACCUGGCUUGAGUGCAUUCAAGAACCCGGUGAAGUUAUCUUUGUUCCCAGUGGGUGGCAUCAUCAAGUAUAUAACUUGGAAGACACGAUAUCUAUAAACCACAAUUGGCUCAACGCAUACAACCUAUCUUGGGUGUGGGAUCUACUGUGGAAGGACUACAAGGACACUGAAGAGUCAAUAGAAGACAUAAGAGACAUAUGUGAUGAUUUUGAAGCUAUUUGCCAGCGUAAUCUUGCUGCCAACACAGGAAUGAAUUUGAAUGACUUUUUUCUCUUCAUGUCACGGUUCUCUUUGGGCAACAUGGUUCUCCUGCAGUCUUACUCUGAAAAACACAAAACCCUGAAGUCCUGCUCAUCAGCAAUGGCACAUAAUCUGUUAUUGAAUCUCUCAACUAUACAGAAAAUCAUGAUGACAAUGAUAUCUGCAGGAGGCGUAACUGCAAAAGAAGUGUAUCUCGACUUGCGAGAAACACUGGAGAGUCCACAGUUUCUCAGCUUGGUUAGAGACAUGGGAAGAACUUAUGCAAUGAUUCACAUGGAGGAAGAGGAUCAAGUACUCUAUUCGAAAGAGUUAUUUCAAAAACUCAGUGGUUUUGCAGAUCAAAAGAUGCAAAUAUGUUCUCCAAAAUAUCUUGUUGAAAUGAUAAAUCAUCAUACUACUUUUUUCUCCCAUCUCUUACCAUAAAAUUAUGAUAUGAAUAGAGAAUGUUUCUGAAUAUCUUGUUGAAAUGAUAAAUCAUCAUAAUAUGAAUAUGAAUACAUUAUGCCGCGAAAUAAAUCGAAUGUUUUCCCUCUA